AUGACAGAACCAAACAAUUUCUAUCCGUCUAACAUCACCCUUUGCGUUGUAAAAGUUCUGUUGUGCCUUUCUGCCAUCACGCUGAAUAGCAUCUCAAUCCACGCCAUCAGGAAAACGUCGUCGCUGCAAACGACUAUGAAAAUCAUGCUGCUGAGUCUAGCUGUUUCUGAUCUUGGCGUUGGCCUACUGGUGUAUCCUUUGGCCAUUGUAAUUACCACCCUGGAGAUGACUUCCAAUGCCCAAAAGAAUCAAGCUUAUAUGGUUAUACUCAACUUAUUUCAGGUCCCCUUGAAUCUGUUUUAUUAUGCUACUUUCUUUGGCGUGACUGCUCUCAGUGUAGAGAGAUUCUUGGCCAUUUUUUUUCAUCUUAGAUACCAGGAACUAGUAACCUACAAGCGUGUGGUUGCUGCUGUGAUCUCAAUAUGGAUCUCAUGCGCAUUUCUUUCGUGUAUUCAGUUUUGGACCGCACCACUCAUUCGUAACGUUGUUUAUGUAACCAUUGAACUGGUUUGUCUCUUAACCACAGCACUCCUUUACUACAAAAUUUAUCAAGCUGUACGACGCCACACAAGAGAGAUUGAAUCCGUUCAGGUAGAGACUCUUGGCGGGGACAUCACAAGGACUACUCGGCGAUUCAAGUCUGCCAUCGGAACAUUCUACAUAUAUCUCGCUUUUCUUGCUUGUUACCUGCCACAUAAUUGCACCUAUCUUGCCAGGCUUAUAUUGGGUUCCUCUAAUAACUUGGAUUUAGUACUACACUUGAUGCAAUACACUUUGACGCUUACAUGGCUCAAUUCAUCUCUUAAUCCUCUGAUUUACACCUGGAAGAUGAAACCAGUUCGCUUGGCAAUAAGAAAUACUUUGCAGAAUAUUCUAAUAAAUAGGUUCAGCCGAGGCUAA